UCAAACUAAUCCCAAAAAGAACUUCUCUCCGGCAACUUUCCGGUCUUUCAGCGGAAACCUAAACCUCGUACCUGUUCAAUGCUGCUCGUGUCGCCAGAUUCGGCAACGAUUGCUCUUCUUCUGUCGAUGUAGCUUGCGGCAGAGGCAGGGUAUAUUACUGAUAUUAAUCUUCACCUGUGAGACGUUGAUUAAUCGACCUCAGGUGGAUUGAAAACCGACGACUCAAGCAAUUUCUUUGAUUCUUCAUCUUCAGAGCCUAAAAUUUUACCGUUGAGCUAUUUGAGAAGAAUAUGGUAUAGACUAUAGAUUCAUGGAAGUCUAAAGUUCCACAAUUUCCCUGCAACUGCAUAAUGGAACACUCACUGAUUGUUUCACGUGCUUCUAUCUGGUUCCGCAAAUGCAAUGACUAGGAAUAGUAAACAAAACGAAGACCGACUUUGAACUUCAUGGCAGCACCGCUUUCACUCCCAUUAUAAUAGGCGCUUCUGCCUCUCAAUCUGAUCCUUCAAAAAAUGGAAAUUCCACUCCGGCCAUUCCUGGUCCUCUGUACUUUCUCUUUGUGCUUAUUCUUAAAUGUAGGCUUUGUUUGGAGUCUCUGUCUUGAGGAUCAGCGUUCUUCACUGCUAAAACUUAAACAAACACUCAUUUUUGACCCUGCUCUUUCAUCCAAGCUCGUUUCCUGGAAUUCAUCAAUCCAUUGCUGUUCCUGGCCCGGUGUCACAUGCAGCGGUAGUGGCCAUGUUAUUGGUCUUGACCUCAGUGAGGAGUCGAUUUCUGGUGGGAUUGACAACUCAAGCAGUCUCUUUAAUCUUCAUCAUCUUCAGAGCCUUAGUUUGGCUUGGAACAGUUUCAAUGGCACUCGGAUUCCAUCUGGGUUGGGCAAACUUGUUGAUUUGCGCCACCUCAACCUCUCCAAUUCUGAAUUUGCCGGACAAAUCCCGGCUGAGAUUUCCGACUUAACGAGGUUGGUCUCUCUUGAUUUUUCUAUAUGGAGCUUAUAUGUAUUGAAACUUGAGAAUCCAAAUUUGUCGAUGCUUGUUCGCAAUUUAACGAGGCUCACGGAAUUACACCUCCAAGGAGUCGAUCUAUCUGCGGAAGGACAUAACUGGGGUCGUGCCUUGUCUUCACUACCAAGGCUAAGAGUAUUGAACCUGGCUGACUUUUUUCUUUCUGGUCCUAUUGAUUCUUCUCUAGCUAAGCUGAGGUAUCUCUCUGUAAUCCGAUUGGGUGGCAACAACAUCUCCUCUUCAGUUCCUGAAUUUUUGAGUAAUUUCUGGAAUUUGACUUUAUUGGAUAUUGCAAGGUGUGAUCUACGUGGAAAUUUUCCAAAAAAAGUUCUUCAGCUGCCAAAUCUACAGGGUCUUAACAUAUCUGACAAUCCAUUGCUUCAAGGGUCUCUGCCUGAGUUUUUUGAAAAUGGGUCUUUGCAGACCCUGAUGCUGAGUGCCACAAACUUUUCAGGGAUAAUACCGGACUCCAUUGGGAACCUUAAGGGGUUGUCAAUAAUGGACCUUUCAUUCUGCAAUUUCAAAGGGUCAAUUCCAAACUCGAUAGGAAGCCUUACAAAUCUGAUAAGUUUCAUCCAUUGGGAAAACCUUUCAUAUCUUGUGAAUCUUGAGUUGGGUAACAAUUCACUAGAGGGAACUAUCCCCUCGCCACUGUUUUCCCUUCCAUCUUUGCAGAUAAUAUAUCUCGCAAACAACCAAUUCUCUGGUCAAAUUGGUGACUUUCCGGUUGUGUCUUCUUCUCAGCUGGUCGAACUUGAUCUGAGCAGUAACAGGUUAGAAGGUCCAAUACCCAGUUCCUUUUUCGAGCUUCAAAGUCUUCAGCUACUCAUUCUCUCUUGCAACAACUUCAGUGGCACUUUAGAACUAAGCAUCAUCCAGAAACUUGGUAACUGUGGACUACAAAUUCUGAAUCUCAAUGAGAAUUCCCUGGAAGGAAAGCUUCCUGAGUCCUUGGCCAAUUGUAAAAUGCUUGAAGUUUUAGAUAUUGGGAACAAUGGGAUAAAUGAUAGCUUCCCAUGUUGGUUAAGUACCAUAUCCACUCUCCAGAUUCUUGUUUUGAGAUCCAACAAAUUCUAUGGGUCCAUUGAAUGUCCAAUGAGCAAUGAAACCUUGCCUCUACUUCACAUUGUUGAUCUAGCUUCCAACAAGUUUGGUGGAAAGUUGCCAAAAAAAUUCUUUGAAACAUGGACAGGAAUGUUGGUUUCGAAAGAUGGAACCCAAGCUAUAUUUAAUUACCACUAUUUUGAUCUUAUAGUGGGUCAAUUAUAUUAUCAGGAUGUGGUGAAAGUCACCAACAUAGGUUUAGAGAUAGAGUUGGUGAAGGCAAUAUUUAUCUCCAUUGAUUUUUCAUGCAACAAAUUUGAAGGGAAGAUACCUGAAGUGAUUGGAGAAUUCAAGGCACUCAUUGCCCUUAAUUUGUCACAUAAUUCUCUUACAGGUCCAAUCCCUUCAUCUCUAGGAAACUUGCAUAAUCUUGAGUCCUUGGACCUUUCUAGUAACAACUUGACAGGCAAUAUUCCUCAACAGCUGGGAGGCCUGAAUUUCCUUGCAGUGCUUAAUCUCUCACACAAUCAACUGGAAGGAAGAAUCCCAAAAGGAAAUCAGCUUCAAACAUUUUCAGAAGAUUCCUUCAAAGAUAACAAGGGAUUGUGCGGGGCUCCUCUGAUGGCGUGCAGAGAUAAGGUGCAGCCACUACCUCAAGACAAAAAUUCAAAUGAUGGAACCAAGAUUGAUCGGAAUCUCAUAGGUGUUGAAGGGGGAUUUGUUUUUGGUUUAGCCAUUGUCAUUUUACCACUUAUGUUUUGCUAGAGAUGGAGGAUAUGGUAUUACAAACGUGUUGACAGUGUUCUUUGCAGGAUUUUUCCUCAGCUAAACCAAAGAAGCAGAAAUAAUGGGCGUAGAGCUCUCAAGACACACAGGAGGAUGGACUAGCAGAGUGGUUAUGAAAAGGGAGCAUACUACGUCCUGAUAUAGUUGUUCCAGAAAUAAGAGAUGCCUAGAUCCAAUGUUCUUGUUUAGUAAGCCUUUCAAACAACCUAUCAGGUAUCAUACUGGGAGGUGAAGCUACAUUUGUAUGCAUGUAAUUUCUUGUCUUUCCAAUACCAAAUUUUACCUGUUCUUAUUUCUAGUUACCUUUAUAUUAACUUAUAAAUUGCAUUGGGCAAC